ACCGACCGCAUUUCUAGACCAGGCAGAAGAAAAACCCCGCGGAAGAGCGACGCGACGGGAUCGAGAGCCGUGCGCGUUCACGGCGAGACGCGGCCACACGCACAGUCACGCGCGUAUCGGCCACGGGCGCGCGAGACGCGCGCAUCUCCGGGAGCGCAGGAUAGAUGAGUGGAAAUGAGUGACGGCGAGGUAUGAGGGAGUCGCGCGGAUGGAGGCAUCGGAGGCAGCACCGCAUCACUCUCACACUCCGAAACGGCGCCUGUGGCGGGGUCUGCGGCAGCAGUGGAAGCUGCUGGGGCUGUUUGAGGUCGACCCACGGCACGAGUUCUAUGGCUUCACCUGCAUGAUGAAGGAGGGGCUGUCAGCUGCUGUGCAGAACACUAUCGAUAACCCGGUGCCGGAUGAACUUUCUGAAGAAGACUUUGAUAUGGAAGUCACCCAGAUACAUGAGGGCUUCCGGAUGGAGACGUAUGCGGGACCCGUGUUUGCCUGGCUACGCCGCUGCCUCGGCAUGGAUGAGAGAGAGUACCAGCGCUCGCUUGCCUCCCAUGGCUGCUACCUGCAAUUUAUCAGCAACUCCAAGAGCAAAGCUGAUUUCUUCCUCACAAAUGACAAGAGGUUCUUCCUGAAGACACAGAGUAAGCGGGAAGUAAACUUUCUUCUGUCCAACCUGAGGAUCUACCUGGAACACCUGGAGAAGUACCCACACUCCCUGCUGGUGAAGUUCCUAGGUGUCCAUCGGCUCAAAAUUCCUCGCCAAAAACUGAAAUAUUUUAUUGUGAUGCAAAGCGUCUUCUACCCAGAUGAGAGGAUUCAGGCCAGGUAUGACUUUAAAGGCUGCGAGGUGAGUCGCUGGACCGAUCCAGCCCCAGAGGGGAGCCAGGUCAUCGUUGUCCUGAAGGACUUGAACUUUGAGGGGAAGCAGAUCGUCCUAGACCAGCAGCGCUCCUGGUUCCUGCGCCAGGUGGACAUUGACACAAGCUUCCUGCAGAGGCUCAACGUGCUCGACUACAGCCUGCUGUUGGCCCAUCAGCCGCUGCACCAAGAUGAGCGGCAGCAGGGCCUCUCCUUUGCCACGCUUGUCAUGCGCACUGCCAAGUCAAUGAAUGUGGGUUCUAGCCCCUCCCAGAGCAGCCAUGCCUCUGUUCCAGGGGCUGUCCCAGAGGAGGACUCCACCCUCUUGGUGGCACAGCUGGAUCGGCAGACAGAUCGCUGCCGUGUUGUGGAGACGCGCCUCAUUGAUGGGCGAGACCUGCAGUCCGAAAGCCCUGGGGGGCAGGCCUUGGGAGCAGAGGUGGGCACGGACUCUGAACUGGAGGAGAUCUGGGCCCAAAACCGACGGCUACUGCCUGGCACCAAAAACCCACUUCACGUCAUUGAUGGCCCGGAGCUACGCUACUUUGUGGGCAUCAUCGACAUCUUCACUGUCUACGGUUUCAGGAAGAAGCUGGAGCACCUGUGGAAGCGGCUGCGCUAUCCAGGCAGGACUUUUUCCACUGUAAGCCCACCAGCGUAUGCCUGCCGCCUCCGCCAAUGGGUACAGGGUCACACCCAGUGAGGUGCCGCAGU